AUGAUUCUACACCGUGAAGCCUACAACCACCCCGAGCUCGGUUCUAACACCAGCACCAAACCCAGCGCCAACUACUCCACCGGCUCCCCCGCCAGCUCCACCAAGCAGCUCAAGUGUUCAGCCAGUCCCAGUGCCGGGUCGAGGAAAGCAGCCGACAUCUACUGGCUAGAUGCUCAGGAUCAUAACCAGGCGGCCGCUGGUUAUGCUCCGUACGCUGGUGGAACCCAAGUCUAUCCAGUUUAUCGCAAUGUGAUGGACUAUGGGGUUGUAAACGAUGGUUCCGGUGACCAAACGGCUAAAUUACAAAAAGCUAUCGAUGACGACGGCAAUGGUGGAACCCGGAAGGGCAAGGGCGUAACUCGGUACCCUGCUGAAGUCUUCUUGCCCGGUGGCACAUACACAUUGGGAAGCACUUUGACCCUGACUGUCGGUACUAUCAUUGUCGGAGACCCUCAGAAUCCGCCUGUUAUUAGGGCGAGUCCCAAUUUCCAGGGCCAGUUCCUUGUCAUGGGAUAUGAUAAGAACAAUGGAAACCCAGAAACCAGUUUCAUGAUGCUAGUGAAAAAUGUGAUUUUGGACACCACUGCUGUGGCUCCGAAUACCAGGAUCACCGCACUUCAAUGGGGUGUGGCUCAAGGCUCUGGGUUGACCAAUGUUCAAGUGCACAUGCCAACCAACUCCAAAGGGCACACUGGUAUUGACAUCGCCGCCGGUUCUACGAUUGCGGUUACCGACGUGAGAAUUGUUGGUGGUGCGACUGGUAUUAUCAACUCAAAUCAGCAGGUUAACUUCAAGAACAUCCAAUUCAUACAAUGUGGCACUGCCUUUGACGCAAAGGGUGGAUGGACGGUUCUUAUUCAGGGUGCCCUUUUUGAGUCUUGUGGUACUGGUAUCAACAUGACAAGCAAUGGCCUGGGAAGUCUAGUUCUCCUUGACUCGACAAUCAAGAACUCCGGUCCAGCUGUCAGAUUCCACGAUUCAUCUCACGACACGGGCAAUCAGAACAGUCAACUUCUCAUCCAAAAUUUGGAACAUGAUGGAACCAACCCUAUCGCAGUGGAUAGUGAUGGAAGAAUCCGCUUGGCCGCAAACCCUCACAUUGACACCUGGCUUUGGGGUAGUCUUGUGGAAGGACAGUAUGAGCAAGGAGCCACUCACAAGACCCAGAGAGCCGCCAACCUCCUUGUCAAUGACAAAUUCUUUACUAAGCCUCAGCCGACUUAUACCGAGUACGGCACCGCAGAUGUCGUUAAUGUCAAGUCGGUACCUGGAUUCCCAGUCAAGGGUGAUGGUCGUCAGGAUGAAACGAACUCACUCAAUGCCAUUCUCAAACAAAAUGCUGAGAAUUGCAAGAUCACGUAUAUUCCCUUCGGUGUAUACAGGGUCUCUGACACGCUUUUCGUUCCGGUGGGCACCCGGAUCGUUGGUGAGGCUUGGGCUGUCAUCUCUGGAUUCGGUGACAACUUUAAGGAUGCCAAGAACCCCAAAGCAGUGGUGAAGCUUGGUAACCCAGGCGACAUCGGUCUGAUUGAGAUCCAAGAUAUGCGGUUCUCCGUUGGUGAAAUCCUUCCGGGUGCCAAGAUUCUCGAGAUCAACGCCGCAGGCCAGCAGCCCGGAGACGUCGCACUCUGGAACACCAAUGUGAUGGUUGGAGGCACAGCCGAAACUAGCAUCUCCAACAUUUGCACGUCGCAAGAUCCAAAAGAUUGCAUGGCUGCAUUCAUGGUCAUGCAUCUUACCGAGUCGUCCUCGGCCUACAUCGAGAACUUCUGGGGUUGGACCGCAGACCACAACCUGGACAGCAGCUCUCUUCUCACUAUCGUUUCCACUGGUCGCGGUAUCCUAGUUGAAGCGACAAAGGGCACCUGGCUGACAGGAACCGGGUCGGAACACCACUGGCUAUACGAUUACAACUUCAACAAAGCAGCCAACGUCUUUGCAGGCCUCCUCCAAAGUGAAAGUCCCUACAUGCAGGGAUCAGGCGAGUACGAAAAUGCACCCGCCCCGUGGACUGCAGAGCCGAGGUUUGGUGAUCCAGACUUCACAUGGUGCGGUCCCAACGAUCAAAAGUGUCGCACUUCUCUCGCAACAAACAUCGAAGGCGGGUCCAACAUUGCCUUGUACAACUCGGCUGCCUGGGCUUUCUUCGAUGGCUACUGGAACGGACUUUACAAUGAGCCAUGCACUGGAAAGUGCCAGACUAAUAUGAUGCGUGUCUCGGGUGCUCCUCAGAAUCUUGUGUGGUACUCUGUUGGUACGCGCCAGACAGAUGUGAUGAUUUUGGAUGGGAAGACAAAUCCCCGUGAGGCUGAUCACCCUGGUGGCUGGGAGGGUAUCAUCCAAGCGUAUGGGGAGUUUUCCGACUAA